AUGACCAGUCCAGAAAAUAGGCUUUUGACUUGGGAGUCAGAGGACACGGACACCUGUUCAGUCCCUUCCGAGAAAUCCUCUACGGUACCUUCGGAGACAAGUGACGACCGAGACUUCAUCGCUUCAGACACAGAAAGACUCUCAUAUGCCUCACAUCAUUCAUCGGGUGACUCGUAUCCCUUCACUGGUUUCUCGCGUUCUCAUGAAGAAUUUGGUGUUCAAGGCGGCAAAAUUCCAAUCAAAACACUUGCGCGACAGUCAGUCACCCAGGAUGGUCAAUCGGUCACCAAGUAUCUUGUUCUGUGGUACUCGUGGGAGGAUGAAGAGGUGUAA